AUGGGAGCAAACUUAUCAAAAGUUAUUGACAAGGCAAUUGAGACCAAGGCUACUGAGUUGGACUUUACUGGCAAGGGAUUGCAUGAACUGCCCAAUGAGAUAGGUGCCAUUGAAUCACUACAGAAGCUCAAUCUCAGUCGUAAUGAGUUAAGAAGAUUACCUGCCAACAUUGGCAAUCUAAAGAACUUGACAUUACUUAACUUGUUCCAGAAUGAGCUGAAGGAACUACCUCAUGAGAUUACGGCACUGACCAACUUGCAGUCACUAAACUUGAGUAUUAAUAAGCUGCCGGCAUUGCCAAGAGGCUUUGGAUCAUUCAAUCACUUGCACUUCUUGGACAUUAGCUACAACAAGUUGACAGAGAUCUCUAGUCAGAUAGGCCUGAUCGCCACGCUCAAGGAGUUGCACUGCUCCUUCAACAAUCUGACCAGCUUGCCAGUGGAACUGGCCAAGUGUCUGGAGCUCGAGCAUCUAAACUGCUCCAACAACAAGAUCACUUCGAUCCCCGAUGAGUACGGUGCACUCAAGAAGCUAAAGGUGCUCAACGUCGUCAACAACAAGAUUGAAUGGGUGCCGCCACCCAUUGGCAAGCUGCCCAAGCUUCAAAAGGUGGACAUCUCACUCAAUCCAAUCAAAGAGUGUUUGGAAGAGAAUGCCAAGAAGGGUCCAGAAGUAUUCAUUCAGUAUCUUAACAUGCCAAGUUAUGAUGGAUUGUACUAUAGAGAAACUGGCAAGGCUAGACCCUCGACUACUACAUUGUCAGUCCACGAAUAA